AAGCACUAGCUUUAUUUAUUGAUUUUUUGUUUUAAAAGUGGAUUCUUGACCGCAAACAUCCCUGGUUGGCAACAAUAUCUUAUUUCUGAAUUAUUUUCAAGAAAAAAAAGGCCCGGAUAAAAAGAAAAAAGCUUUAGAAGUUGACCAAGAUGGCAGCUUCUAAAUACAGGCGUUCACUGAAAAAACAGUUGAACUGUGAGCUUCACGCAACCAUGCGAGUCUUGAGGAAGGAGAACGUCGUCCUGAAGAAGACUCUGGCUGAGCUGUCACUUCAUCAUGCAGAGUUCAACAGACUUGUGGAGCAGAGACUUCUGUCUCUUGAGGCCAUGACGCUUGAGAAUCAUCGGCAGGUCGUUACAAGAGAAGAGAAUUUGACGGCUGAUGUGAACACGAUGAGAGACGGCAUCACAUUGAGUUGCAGCAAAGAGAAUGAAGAGAUCAAGAAGAACCUUGAGACCAUCUUAGAUAGGGGUCAAGAUCUUGAGCACAAAGCUUCAAGGAAGCAGGACCAUGCAGCAGAUGAAGAGGCUUCCACGACCUAUAAAGCUGGGUCAGACCUUGAAAAACAACUUAAAGAUGCAUUGGAAAAGAACAAGCAAUGGCUGGAUUAUGACCAGCAGAGAGAGGCCUAUGUGAAGGCGAUUCUGGCCAAAAUGUUAUGGCUGGAGAAGCAUCUGAAUGAAGCCAAUCAGGCCCGCUUGCAGCAGCACAAUGAGGAGCAUUCAAAUGCAGGAAAAUUAACCCAAAUGCAAGAACAUUUUGAGAGAGUUCUGCAAAGAGUCACUGAAGACCUUAAAACGUGUCAGGAUCAGGUUGAAAUGACCCAUCAGAACCUGCUUAUCGCUCAAAGCUGGUGCAGCGAGAAGGAGCGGGAGCUGCAGGAGAUCAUGCAUCAGCUGCACGUCGAAAGAGCCAGUCCAAACAGCUGUCACGAGGAAAAACAACCGCCGACAGAAGAAACUGAAGAUCUGCAAGUGCUGCUGAGAACCGAGCGACGAAAGUCAGCAAACUUUGAGUUGCAGGCAAAUCUGUUUCAGAGGUUCAUGCUAAAUCGCCACCAUGAAGACCAGAAGAUGAUUGCAGACCUGAUGAGACAGAUUAAGAUUGCUUCACAAGAUCUUGAGGAUGAGAAACACGACUGCUCAUAUUUGAGAAAACAGAUGGUCAGACUUCUGAAGAUUUUGCCAAAAGCUAGACGCCAUGGGACUGAGGAGAUAAAGGAUCCCAGCUUGUGUGAAGACGUGCAGCCACCUUCCCACUCGUCCACAGACAGCCUGCCAUCGUCUGCCCACAGCGAUGCGCUAAAUGAAAGCUUCCUGGAGUGUCCCAGCUGCCAGGCUAAGUACGCAGCCAGUCAGCACCAAGAACUCCUGAACCAUUUGGAAAUGUGUCUGGAGUGAGGCGAACCUGGAGCCCGUUCCUGGUCUCGGGGUUGUUGAUGUUCAACAGGUUAAUAAAAUGUAGAGUUGAG